AUGUUGAUUGUUUUUAUUGCAGCGGCCAUAUGUACCCCUCCAUGUCUUCUGUUUUCAAACACUACGGAUAUCAUCGCCGUUGACUACAAAACGUCUGCAGUACAUUCUGUGGUCACUGGAUUAACCAGGGCUGUGGCACUCGAUGUUCAUUUCAGCAUGGGAUAUAUUUUUUGGAGUGAUGUAUCUGAGCAGAACAUCAAACGUUCUGGUAUUGACGGUUCCAGUAUCACCACAAUUAUCACCAAUAUUGGUGUUUGUGAUGGAUUGGCAGUUCAAUGGACGACAUCAGAAUUGUACUGGAGUGACACUACACACGAUACGAUAUCCAAAUCUGACCUAUCGGGCAAUAACCAGCAAACUGUGCUAUCCUUGGGACUUGAUGAACCUAGAGAUAUCGCUUUGGAUCCUGAUAAGGGGUGAGUGGCCACAAAGUUUUUUUUUUUAUCACCAAAAAAAUUCCGAAAAUAAGCCCCUCCAUGUUUAACCCCCUCCAAAUAUAAGCCCCCCAAAAUGGGAGACAAUUUAGGCCCCUCCAAAUAUAAGCCCCACCCCCCGGGGGGGCUUGUACUUGGAACUUGCCCUCAAAUACAAAGUAAAACAAAGCAAAAAAGGUAAAUUUCCUUCCCUCUAUAAGCUAACGCAAUUUGAAAUUUGAUUUUGAAACGCAAAUGCCCCUCCGUACAUAAGCCCCCUCGAAUAUAAUAUAAUUCCUACGUGUGACCUCUGUUUAUCUCCACUCGAAAUUAUAAAUACUUUUUUAGAACUGAUGGAUAAUUAUGACAACUUUUAGAGACCUUUUUUCCUGUCUAAGUUUUUAUUUAUAACAAGUAGUUUGACGUAACACUUUAUUCUAGAAGCCGACUACUUUUUUACAAGAGAGAAUGAUCUAAGUUAGCUCAUUCUCUCUUGUUUUUUACAAAUUACUGUGACAGGCUGAUGAUUUGGACAGACUGGGGUUCCAGCCCCAAAAUCGAAAAAGCAUCCUUAACAGGGAAUCAGAGAGUUGCCAUAGUAACGUCAAACAUCCAUUGGCCGAAUGGGAUCGAGCUUGACAGAUGGAAUAAUCGUAUUUAUUGGGUAGAUGGAGCCGUGGAUCAAUUAGAAUCUGUCGAUUACGAUGGCAAUGACAGAAGACUGCUUGCGACUGUAACAAAUUUUCAUGGUUUUGGAGUAGCCAUUAUUCCUCCUUUUCUCUUUUUCACUGACUGGGCUUCAAACGGUCAGUUUCAUCAAGUUGACGCGGAGACCGGGUACUUUGUUGUCAGCGGUGUCCGCUUCACUGGUAGGCCCAUGGGCAUUGUGGCAUACGACAGUUCCAGGCAACCUCCAGGUAUGCCGUAAAAUAGUGGUAUAGGGCGCACUAGUACUCCAAUUUUUUUUUGCCGAGUAAUCUCAUUAUUACUUUGCAGAGUAACACGUUUACGUCGAUGAUUUCUUAGUCUUUUACCUUUAUCUCAUGAAUAAAAUGCAGUGGAAUCUCAUCAAGAUAACUUUACGUUGACGUUCUUUUUUCAGCGGUGGUUUAACCGGUUCGACAGGUUGUUUAGUUACUUUUAGGUCAACGAAUAUAUGUUGCACUGAUGAUGAUGAUGAAUGUUGGUUUUCACGUUUUUGUUUUAAAGUUUCCAGUUCUUGCGCAACAAACAACGGCGGCUGCAGCCAUUUUUGCGUAGUGAAGACUUCUGGCGGCCACGAGUGUGUCUGUCCAGUUGGUUUGUCAUUGAAGGCAGAUGGAAAAACAUGCAACAAGAGUAAGGCAGCUGUUUUGACUACAGAGGAAAUACAUAUCUGUAUUCUCUCCUUUCUAUACUCAUGCUAAAUACUUGAGCAAUACCCCUCAGUCUCUUUAAGGUACAUAUUUUCCCCAGAGAGAAAAAAGUAGAUUAAAGAUACAGUCGACGGAACCUUUAUGUGCAGCCAGCCCUCCGAAGAGAUCACCUCCAUGAUCAGCGACCAGCUAUCCUAACCUCCAAAACGUUUCUCAGCCAGAGCCAUCCAAUCAGUGGCUCAAUAACCUUUAAUUACAAAAUAGUGUCAGGGAACCCCUAUAGAAACAUUGGGAUAACAAUUCACUUACGACUUGCCCAAUAUCGCCUUGCCCAAAUCUAUUACCUUUUUCUGGCAUAAAUUGUCAUGUUUACUGUACAACUAAGUCAUUUUAAGUGUGUUGCACUUUACAGAAACGGACAAGUUCCUUGUUUUUACGGACGCCGAUGCCAAGUCUACUAAUAUUAUUUCGUUGGAUGUGAACUAUUUUGUUGCCCGACGUUUGUUCUUCCAUCUCGGAAAUCAACGCCCGAUUGCUGUGGACUACGACCCUGUUGAGGACCGCGUAUACUGGACUGAUGUUGCACAAGGUCUAAUUAUCAGUGCUAUCUCUAAUGCGACUUCACUGAGGAUCCCUUUUCGCUGCAAUGUAAAGGUGCCAGAUGGCCUGGCCAUUGACCACGUGGGGCAAAAUAUUUACUGGACAGACACAGGAACAAAUCGUAUUGAAGUUGCUCGGCUGGAUGGGACAAGCAGGAAAUUGUUGAUCAAAGAUGGACUUGAUGAACCCAGGGCAAUUGUACUUGAUGAAAGAAAUGGGUGAGUUAUAAAUCGAAAGGGAGUAUCGCGAUAUAGCUGGUCUUCCUCGCAGCCGCUUUUGUCUCGUCAGACAACGCUUUUCAAUACAAAUCUUAAAAGGGCUAUGUCACGAGGGGAGGAGCGUUGCGUGACAAGACAAAAAAGGCUGUGAGGAAGACUAGGAAGUAAGUAUACGGCUGUACUUAGACUUUCCUUUAAGUUGAAGCCAAUUCAUCUUAGGUGCACGAAAUGUCAAAGUAAGCGUUAUCAAAAAAAUAAAUUUUAUCUUGGUAGUUCUUUUAAAUAUUGCUAAUUUGUGCGUGUGUGUUUUUUUUUUGUGAUAAAGAACGAUGUAUUGGUCUGACUGGGGAUCCAAUCCAAUGAUUGAACAAGCAGCCAUGGACGGCUCAUCAAGACGAACCAUUGUGACAGGAAACCUUGGUUGGCCAAAUGGAUUAACUAUUGAUCAAACUACAAACCUCCUGUACUGGGCGGAUGCUAAACUGGACAAAAUCGAGGUAUCUGACCUUAACGGUGAUAACAGAAGAGUUAUUAUGCUAUCUGCAGCAGAUAUUCACCCGUUUGGUUUGACAGUGUAUAAGAGCAUUUUGUACUGGACUGACUGGAACAAUAAAAGCAUUUCGCGGUACGAUUUAAACAAUGGGAACACGGAGUUGAUUAUUCAAGGUCUCGAAAAGCCAAUGGAUAUUCACCUGUACGAUUCGUCUCAGGUGUUUUCAGGUAAAUCAUUUUACUUAAUAAAACCCAGGGGCGGAUCUAUGGGGAGGGUGCAGGGGGUGCGCACCCCCCGCCUCCCGAGAUGACCUGCGGUUUUCUAAUACAACUGGUAUUCUGCAAAAAAAAAAAUAUGUGGUUUAUUGGUGUUGAAGUAGAGCAACAGACGAGUGCACCCCCUCCUAAAAAAAAUCCUGGAUCCGCCCCUGAAACCCGUCACUAGCAACCCGAGGGAGCUUUAGCAUCGACGACGGCAACGGCAGCGAAAACGUCAGUUUUAAAAUGAAUUCCCGUUUUUUCAAUCUUUGUGGCGUUUAUUCCAAUUUGCUGAAAAUGGCAAUGUAGGCGAAUUUCCCUGGAGUUGAUUUCUUGAGGACCGCCCUCAAGCUUAGAGAGACUAGAAAGAGAUUCGUCGUCGCUUGUUUACGUCCUCCAUAAAACUUGCAAUUAGGCAUUUUCAUGUCGUAGUCGUGCAAGGACGGCGAAGAAAUGUACAAAAAAGCGUGAUGCACGUGCAAAGUUGUUGUUCUGCUAAUAUAAACCUAUCGCGUUUUUGACGUCCUCGUUGCCGUUGCCGUCGUCGUUGCUAAAGCUCCCUACUAUUAUAAUGAAACGGCACCUCAUACUAUUUUAAACAGUGUUGACAAUUUUUUUCAAUUAAAUAUGGUGGUACUUAAUAAAAAGAUAAAUUCGAACUUUUUUUACAUAUCUAGUCUGAAUUCUGGUGGCACCUAAUUAACUCUAACUUUAUCAGGGUCUCAUCCGUGUACAAUCGACAAUGGAAACUGCAGUGACUUGUGCUUGCUUACGCCGCAAGGAGGUCACCAGUGCGCAUGUCCAACUGGAGUAGUCCUCAAACCUGAUGGGAAAAACUGUAAUUAUGGUAAGAGCAUAUGAUUGGUUUUGGUAGUGCGCUUGUAGCACAUGUUUCCUUAACUGCUUUUUGUUCUGCAAAAUGUAGGAAAGAAAUAGUCAUGAAUGUGCUGAAAAUUAUAGGAUACUAACUCUCCUGUGAUUGUCCGACCUUCACUUCUUUUUUUCAGAUUUAUUUAGGAACCUAAGCUCCGACAAGUUCAUGCUUUUUGCUGAAGCAAAUAGCGGGCAAAUUUACAAAGUUCCUCUGGCUGUACCAGACACUCCUUGCUUUCCUCUAGGGAUCAAAACCAACAUAUCCAGACCAGUUGCAGUUGAUUAUGAUCCGAUUGAAGGCAAGGUUUACUGGACUGACGUGGUAUUGAAGCAGAUUGUUAGAUCUUAUCCCAAUGGUUCGGAUCUUGAAGUAAUAGCGGAGAGUAAUGUGGAAAAUCCUGAUGGAAUAGCAGUCGACUGGAUUGAGCGAAAUGUUUAUUGGACUGAUUAUCAAACUAGUAAGAUUGAAGUGUCACGAUUGGACGGAUCAUACAGAUUUAGCCUCAUUACAUCUGGUUUGGACAAUCCUAGAGCUCUGAUACUUGACAUAGAUGCUAGGUAACAAAGAUAAUAUAAUGAGGAAUACAACUUAAAAGAUAUAUUUGAGUCAAUGGAAACAUGUUAAAAAGAUGUUCCGGUUUUGUGAGGAAGCACUUUAAACUUAUACGGAAUACUGUCUGUUUUGUCCCCUUGUCUUGAAAAAUCUCUCAAAAAAAGUGGGCUCUGCUAUUUAUCCGAAAAUCCAUUUGACUUGAGCCCCUACAGGUCUCAUAAAGUAGCAAAGGCUGUGCUUACAUGUGAAAGCCAUGAUUUUAACAAACUUAUAACAAAUUUUCACAGCAUGUAGUGUCCAUUCAGUUUAAUAUUGACGGAUCGUACAGAACAAGCCUUACAGCAGAAAUAAACGUUGACAAACCUAGGGCUGUGAUAUUAGACAUCGAUGACAAGUAAUCUAGUAAAUUUUGAUCAAAGUGGCUGAUGAAUAUAUUGUUCUAGGAACCCUACAAUCUUCUCAACUCUAAAAUCCGUAACUAAUGGCCGCAGAAAUCAAUAUAAGAGAAAAACUUGUUUCUCAAUGCCGUUUUAAGACAUUUUCGCUUUAUUUUUUAUCCCUCUUUUGAUCUCUGUUUUCUGUCUUGAUUUUUAUUAUAGAAAGAUGUACUGGAGCGAUUGGGGAUCCUCACCAAAGAUCGAACAAGCGAACAUGGAUGGCACGGCUAGAACCGUUCUGGUUAGUUCCGGUUUGUCUUGGGUGAACUCACUCGCUUUGGAUUUCAAAAAUAGGCUGCUGUACUGGUGUGAUGCACAACUCGACAGAAUCGAAAGAGUGGACCUUCAAGGAAAUAACCGCGUGCUGAUACUGGAUUUGUCAUCCAAUAACGAUAGUUAUCACCCUUUCGGACUCGCCUUAUACGAGGACGUGCUUUUCUGGACAGACUGGACUACAAAAAGUGUUCAUAGAUAUAAUAUGACGUCUUCCCUCUCCGAUGUCUUGGUCCAUGGAAUGGGAACACCUAUGGAAAUCCACAUCUAUGACUAUAAUAUCAUAACUUCGGGUGGGUGUUCCUUAGAAAUUUUGAUGUUGUGA